AUGUCAAUUGAAAAGCUUACACCUCGAGCUUUCAAUGGGUGAAAAGGCUUUAUUCACUAUUUUAAAUGCCUGUCUUCCAAAAAAUUCAGAGAGUCUUAUAUAGAGUCUACUCAAAUAGAGCGGUUAAAGCUUUACUACGCUCUCCAAAAGCUCAUUCGUGAUAAGGUCGCUUCAUAUUCAGUCCUCCCCUUUAAAUUGAAACAAAUAAUCUGUAAAAUUUCUAUUUUAGGUGCUUUAAUUUGUUUUUUAAGCAAAACUUUAUCGAUAAAAAUUCUAAUUUAUAAAUGUUUUUUGACCUAUUUAAUGGUAAAAGUGUAAAUAGAAUGCUAUUAAGUAGUUUUCACAGAAUUGAUUAAUUUUUUUAUUUAAUUCUUCAUAAAAAUAAAAUUAUAUUUUUUUAUAGAGAAAAAUUUAAUAUAUAAUUUUUCUAACCCCCUUUAAAUUGGAACAGGGUUUUUUGUUCCAAUUAAAACGGGGGGAAGUCAGUAAAAAGAGCAAAAAAGGAUCGAAUUUCAAGGAUAUUUCAGAGAAGCCAAAACUAUCACUGAUCCUCAUGAUAUGGACUUUUUUAUUAACACAAUGAAAUUGGUUAAAGAGAAGUUGGAAAGUGGAGAAUUCCCACCAUUCCCAAGAAGGCUACCAAUGCUUACUAUGCAAUUUUUAAGUCCUAGAAAAGAUAUGCUAUUUUAUAGGAGGUGGAUUUUGAAUAUAGAUAGAAAUGAUGUCAUGCUGGAGCCAGGGCAAGAUCCAUUGAGACACCCUUUUAUUGAACCAAGACAAUAUGGAAAUAUUUCUCACUCCCCCCCCCUCCGUGAGUGAACAAAACCAUUAGAAAAAUCCCUAUUUUUUGCCCAAAAACCCACCCUCCGUGAGUGAACAAAAAUUUUUGUAAUAGAAAAAUUUUUUAUGGAAAAAAAAAUUGAUAUAUAAAUGAUAAUUAGUAUAAUGAAAUCUAGAGCUAAUUCUGUUUAAUUUUAAACGAAUUGCUUUUUAAAACAUAAAUUUUAUAAAUUAAAUUAAUUUUUGCUUUCCAAUUUUUGCGAAUUAGGAUUUUUUUAAAUUUCGAAAACAAAUAUUUUUUAUAAAAUUUAUAUAUAAAUUUUUUUUAAAAAAAAUAAAUUAACCCCCCUCCGUGAGUGAACAAAAUGUUUUUGUUCACUCACGGAGGGGGGGGGGGAGUCAGCCAUUUAAAGAGUAUUAUAAAUGGAACACAAUUACUCAAUCUCCUGAUGAGGAAAAGCUAUUUAAUGAGAAAAAAGAAGAGAAAAAGUUCAAAAAAGUUUUUGAGGAAAAAGAAGAAGAAAGAAAAGCAAUGAAAUAA